CUUCCACCUUUUCACAUCUAAACCCUAAAUUUAUAUAUUUCUAGGGUUUUCACCCCCAAUUUCACAGCUCAAAAAAUAUAUAAAAAAUGGGCGGAAAAUGUCCACACAGAAGGGUGAAAAAAAGACGUUACGGUCAUAAAUCAUUCCGUCUCGCUAAAUUCCUUAUUAAAGGUGAUGAUGCUGUUUAUGAUGAGCUAAAGAAACCGGAAAUCGUGUUGCCGAAAGACGAAGAUUUGCCGGGGAUGGGUCAAUAUUAUUGUUUACAUUGCGAUCGGUAUUUUGCGAAUGUGACGGUGAGAGAUGAGCAUUUCAAGACCAAGCGUCACAAGAAGCGGCUGAAGGUGAUGGCUGGCCCUGCACCACAUACACAGCUCGAUGCAGAUCUAGCAGCUGGAAUGGGCAUGCCUGAUAACGGGCCAAAGCUAAUGUCGAUGUGAGCCUAUCAAUACUUGAUGUUCCUUUAAUUUAGUAUGCAAUGUAAGAAUCAAAGUUUUUCUCCACAUGUAAUGUUACAGAAAGAUGAUUUAUAACGAAUCGUGGAAAUUGGUAUCAUUAACCCUUGGAUAUGAAUGUUCAGUUUGUUA